UGUGUCUGUAGGGUCGACGUUGGUUAAGUUGAGUUGUUUGGGCUCCGAGCGGAGAGAAGAGUAGCUGGCAGUGCGGAGAGGGAUACAUCUCAUACACAGAGUCGCCUCCUGCAGUCCGUGAUCACCCGUCGAAGCCCGUUUUUUAACCAGCUCUGUAUUGUUAACAUCCAGAGAGUUACACACAGAACCGUAUUCGUUAGCGCAGCCGGCCAAACACACAGCAACCAUGCCCGAAAGGAGGCCCUUCGUUCGGCUACCGACUGACGUUUACCCCGUCAACUACGGCUUGUGUCUGAAGCCCGACCUCAUCGACUUCACUUUCGAGGGCAAGCUGGAGGCGGUGGUGGAGGUUACACAAGCCACAAAUCAGAUUGUGAUGAACUGUGCUGACAUCGACAUCAUUACAGCUUCUUUUGCACCGGAGGGAGGAGAAGAAAUUAAUGCUACAGGAUUCAACUAUCAAAAUGAGGAUGAGAAAGUCACCCUGUCAUUUCCUAGCGCUCUACAGAAAGGCUCUGGCACGUUGAAGAUAGACUUUGUGGGUGAGCUGAACGACAAAAUGAAAGGAUUCUAUAGAAGUAAAUAUACAACUCCGGGUGGAGAGAUCCGCUACGCUGCAGUCACACAGUUUGAGGCCACGGACGCUCGCAGAGCUUUCCCCUGUUGGGAUGAGCCAGCUAUCAAAGCCACCUUUGACAUCGCUCUGAUAGUUCCCAAGGACCGAGUAGCCUUGUCAAAUAUGAAUGUCAUUGAUCGAAAGCCAUAUCCAGAUGAUGAAAACCUCGUGGAAGUGAAGUUUGCCACCACACCCAUCAUGUCCACAUACCUUGUAGCUUUUGUCAUCGGUGAAUAUGACUUUGUGGAGAAUCAAUCAUCAGAUGGUGUAACGGUACGCGUCUACACGCCCGUCGGGAAGGCAGAACAAGGGAAGUUUGCUCUGGAGGUUGCAACUAAGACCUUACCUUUCUACAAAGACUACUUCAGUGUUCCUUAUCCGUUGCCUAAAAUUGAUCUCAUAGCUAUUGCUGAUUUUGCUGCUGGUGCCAUGGAAAACUGGGGCCUUGUUACUUACAGGGAGACAGCUCUGCUAAUCGACCCGAAGAACUCCUGCUCGUCCUCCAGGCAGUGGGUGGCACUGGUGGUGGGACAUGAACUCGCCCACCAGUGGUUUGGAAACUUGGUCACCAUGGAAUGGUGGACCCAUCUGUGGCUUAAUGAGGGAUUUGCAUCCUGGAUCGAAUAUCUGUGUGUGGACCACUGCUUCCCAGAAUACGACAUCUGGACCCAGUUUGUCUCAGCCGACUACACCCGCGCUCUGGACCUGGACGCACUGGACAGCAGCCAUCCCAUAGAGGUGAACGUAGGCCAUCCAUCAGAGGUAGAUGAAAUCUUUGACGCCAUCUCCUACAGUAAAGGAGCAUCUGUGAUCCGCAUGUUGCACAACUACAUAGGAGACGAGGACUUUAGGAAAGGAAUGAACGCCUAUCUUUUGAAAUUCCAACAUAAAAAUGCAUCAACAGAGGACCUAUGGGACUGUCUGGAACAGGCCAGUGGGAAACCCAUCGGUGCAGUGAUGAGCUCGUGGACUAAGCAGAUGGGCUUCCCGAUUAUUGUAGUGGACCAGGAACAGCAAGGUGAGGACCGCGUCCUCAAGAUAUCUCAGAAGAAGUUCUGUGCCAGUGGACCACAUAAUGGUGAAGAUUGCCCCAACUGGAUGGUCCCCAUUAGUAUUUGUACCAGCGAGGACCCCAAAUGCACCAAGCUCAAAGUUCUGCUGGACAGACCGGAGACAACCAUCACCCUGAGCAGCGUCAGCCCAGACCAGUGGAUCAAGAUCAACCCCGGCACUGUGGGCUUCUAUCGUAUCCAGUACAGCUCAUCCAUGCUGGAGAGUCUGCUGCCGGGCAUCAGAGACCUCAGCCUGCAGCCCGUGGACCGGCUCGGCCUCCAGAACGACCUCUUCUCCCUGUCUCGCGCGGGGAUGAUCAGCACGGUGGAGGUGCUGAAACUGAUGGAGGCGUUUGUUAACGAGCCCAACUACACAGUGUGGAGCGACCUCAGCUGCAACCUGGGAGUGCUGUCCUCGCUGCUGUCCCACACAGACUUCCACGAGGAGAUCCAGGAGUUCAUCAGGGACCUCUUCACUCCCAUCGGCCUCGAACUGGCCUGGGACAGCAAACCAGGGGAAGGUCAUCUGGACGCCCUGUUGAGAGGGCUGGUUCUUGGGAAGUUGGGGAAGGCGGGACACAAACCCACAUUGGAGGAGGCCCGGCGGAGAUUCAAGGACCACGUGGAGGGCAAACAGAGCCUGCCUGCAGACCUCAGGAGCCCGGUGUAUUUAACAGUGUUGAAGCACGGAGACAGUGCCACAUUGGACACGAUGAUGAAGCUUCACAAGCAAGCAGACAUGCAGGAAGAGAAGAAUCGUAUAGAGCGAGUGCUCGGCGCCAUAUCUGCCCCUGACCUCAUCCAGAAAGUCCUCACCUUCGCCCUCUCGGAAGAGGUUCGUCCUCAGGACACGGUGUCAGUAAUCGGGGGCGUAGCAGGAAGCAGUAAACAAGGCCGUAAAGCUGCCUGGAAGUUUGUCAAGGACAACUGGGAGGAGCUUUACAACCGUUACCAGGGUGGUUUCCUCAUAUCACGGCUCAUCAAGCUCACAGUUGAUGGAUUCGCUAUUGACAAAAUGGCUGCCGAAGUAAAGAGUUUCUUCGAGAGUCACCCGGCGCCGGCGGCCGAGCGCACGGUGCAGCAGUGCUGUGAGAACAUCCUCCUCAACGCCGCCUGGCUGAAACGCGACGCAGACGACAUCCACCAGUAUCUACUGCAGCGCAAAGCGCCCCCCGUCUGAGCCGCCGCCCCCGCCGCCUCCUCCAGCCCCCUUCCCCCCUCCCCCCUCUCCCUCCAGCGCGGACCUCCCAGCAUCAUAGCUGCCUCGGCCCCCCCUCACUACAGACCAGAGUGGGCGACCAGACGUACUUACAGCAGGCUUCAUUUCUCUAAAGAAACUAUGAAACAAGAAGAUAAAGCCAAGAAUUUAAGAAAGUGUUGGAAACACAAAGAGACUCUUUCUACGUUAACAAAGCAAAUCCAUUUUAGUCAGACCAGGAAUGUAGUUUUACCCCCAUUCUGUCCACGAGCAGACGGCACCUCCCGCCAAUCAACAAGUAACGUUAAAGCGGCGCUCGGCGACGUCGCUGCAACACUACGACCCUCGUAACGACCGCUAACCCUGCUAACGCACUCUGUAUCACACCCGUAUACACUCCCCUUCAUCCACCUCUGCGUCGUAGCUGAGAAAACUGUGAAUCCCCCUCUUUCCUCCCCCCUUCCUCCUCCCUCCCUCCCUUCCUUCCUGCUCAUUUUGAAUGCAUGAAGUGUGAUUUUCUGCAUUUGCUGCUUUGUUUACUUCUGUUUGUUUUCUGUACAAACAAAAUGAUUUGUUUUUGUUUUUGUUUCAUUUUUGUCCCCCCUCCUCUCAGUUUGUGUUCCCCCCCCUUCGCCCCCCCCCCCCACCAUCCCGCCGCCCCUCCCUUCUUGUUCGGGCGUUGUGAUUUGCUGAAAGCAGAAGGCACCUGGGCAGAAUGGGGUUAAUAACAGUAGUGUGUGUUGUAGUUUUCAACAGCAGUGAUUCUCCAUUGCUAAUAAACGGUUAGGAUGAGGCGAGCAGCGCUAGCAUGGUACUACAUUGUAAACUGUAUAAUGUAUAAUGCAAAUUUUUUUUUUUUUUUUUCGGACGAUGUUCCUUUAAAAGAUUUAAAUGGAAAAAGUUCAUGGUUAUCCGUUCCCCGUCCCCUCCUCCCCACCCUUCCCCCGCCAACCCCC